AUGGAAGCAACCAGGCGUCAUCGACCUCGAUCAUUUUCUGGAGCUUCAGGUUUGCAUAAUCAGCACGAUAAGCGUGUGGGCAUCUUACCCAAGAAGGAAGUACAAACAGCAAGGAGCCGGGACAAGACCUCUCCGCGUUAUUAUUAUGUUCCUUCUCCUCCACAUGAUUGGCACACAAAGGCAGCGAGAAAGGCACCUUCCCAGUCUUCGUGGUGGAAUGACAGGGAUUUGAGUAGAAAACGUAGGGUGGCCAAAUACAAGCUUUAUGCAGUUCCAGAUAAACUCAAGGCUUCUCUCCAAAAGGGAUUUCAUCAUUUGAAGAUGACAUGCAUGAAGAUUCUAGCUUAA